AUGCAGACAUCGACAGUUCCUUUCAUAUUUGAGAGCAAGUCAAGAAAUAAUUCCUCAAAAUUUCAGUACAUUGGUGACAAACAUCACAAUUGUUCUUUAAAAAUACAUCACGUGGAGCAUAAUGAUGGAGGAAAAUAUGCCUUCAGAUUUAUAACUGACUCUGAACAGGGCAAAUGGAUUGCGCUACGUGGCUCAACAUUAAAAGUUGUUGAUUUGAACGUAUCAGUGAAAAAACCUCAUGGAAAUGAAAUGAUGAAAGAAGGCGAGUCUGUGAAUCUGAUCUGCAUAAACAGCUGUGAUGGCAUCAACAUUUCAUCUGCUUUCACCUGGUUUAAGAAUGGAGAACCCAUAAACGAAGGACCUGUACUUUACUUAAGCAACAUGUCCUCCACAAGCUCUGGAAACUACACCUGCUCGCUAAAGACACACACAGGAACAACUUCAGGGGUCAUAAAUAUCAAUGUUGAAUAUGGCCCUAAGAACACAUCAGUGUCUAUCAGACCAUCAACGGAGGUAGACGUUGGCAGCAAUGUCACCCUGAUCUGCUGCAGCCAUGCAAACCCUCCAGUGGAGAAUUAUACUUGGUUUAAAAUUUAUGAUAAUGAUGAUAUUAUUGACGUUGGACACCAACCUGAACUUCACUUUAGGGAGUUUUAUCCUGGCGAUGGUGGCCAGUACCUAUGCAGUGCCACCAACAAACAUGGAAGUCAAAACUCCUCAGUUGUGAUGUUAAAGAUGAAAGUGUCUGGGUCAACAAUUACCAGAGACGUACUAAUUAUUGCUACUAUUGCUGUACUGCUGAUUGUAACCAGUGUUAUUGCCAUCAUAAGAAAAUGGAAAACAGCACCAAAGACAGAGUGUGAGGAGGACAUACAGAAUGCUGUCUAUGUCAACUGGUCCAUAUUUCACAACAACCAAUCACAAGAGGGAAACCAGUUUGAGGGAGGAACAGUAGAGCCCAUCUACACAGCUGUUAACUUCACUGCCAUAAGAAAAUCAAACAUGGAGCAGCAGAUGGACUCCCAUACUGAUGAAGGUGUGAUAUACAGCAGGGUGUGCAGGGACCAACUCUUGAAUCCUUCAUAUAUUGAAUCUCUCUGAUUUGUCAACCAGCACAUUUUGUGGUAAUAGCUGUACAGACACAAUGUUGAAUUGUUUACUGUCUGUUCCCAUGCAUUAAACCUGCUGGUCAGGGAAUAAAUGUUUUGAUGUAAACCAUUACUACAUUUGCAAUGAUUUUGUUAGCUGCACUUUGAGAAUUCACAACAUCUCUACAGUGUAACUUAUGCCAUUUCAUGUCCUCCUUGUGUCUUAUUCAAUACAA